AUGGCAUAUCCGCAGCGACCGGCGCAGCGGCCGCCUCCUAUGAGGCAGUAUGACAACCAGACUCCGGUGUCGCCUGCCUCAGGGCCCGGGUAUGCGCCUGAUGCUGGGUAUGGCGGUGGCUAUGGAGAAGGAGGAUAUGACUACCCAGGCAAUGGUGGUGGGGGAGGGUAUGAAGAUCCAGCAUACAGUUACCAGGCUGGCCCUCCAGGAGCCCCGCCGUACGGCUCGCCGCAACAACCACGCUCGAUGCGCCCGCCUCCUGGACCCGGCGCACCAGAUGCCAGACGUCCUUCAGCGGGCUAUGAUGACCGACGCGGGUACCCUGGAGAACAACCCUCGGGAUCAAGCCGGUCCCGACCUCCCGGUGGCCGACCACCUCCAGGUAAUUUCGACAGUCCCUUUCCCGCUGUUCCUGGCGGGAGAGAUCCUCGAGACCGACGUGGUCCUCCGCCUCGUGGAGGUCUAGAAAAAGGCAUGGCUGCAAUGGACAUCAAUGGUCGGGGUCCUCCACCUCGACCACACACAUCCAACUCCAACGGACGGCGACCAGAUAUGCGACAACCGCCCCCACGAGGACCACCUCCGAGUCGCGGACGUGGGGGCUACCCUCCAGGCCCUUCUCGCGCAGCUAGCUCUGGGCGUAUGGACCGGCCUGAUCGAGCUUACAUGGAUCCCAAUGGACCCCCCAUGGGUCCACCGGGACGAAGCGCAACUAUGCCUCUGUCGACGGGGCCGCCCAUGUAUCCUGGUCAAUCGUCCUAUCAAACCCCCGAUUUUGCGUCCAGUCCCAUGAGCGAGAUGCCUCCAGCACGUCCCAAUACCGCGGGUGGCAUGCGACCUCCUCCCCACCCUGCCAACGAAAUGAAUGGUGGCCUCGGUGCUGGUCUAAUGGUCCCCGCUGAUCCAGGGAGCCGCAUUUCUUAUGCACCUAGAGAAUUCCUGGAUAGCUACUACGAGGGAAAUGAGGACGAACCUGACAUGCCCAACUUUGAUGCAAUGCCAUCGCAACCAAGAGGCCCCAUUGAUGAGAUGGGACUCGACACCCCAAAGCCGAUACAAACACCUACUUCCCCCUCUUCCUCAGCUGGAGGCCAGUAUGCUGCCUACACUCCCGAUUCAAGCCAGGGCGCUCCGCGAUCUCGGUCUCAGCCGGACCUUCGACAACAACCCACCGCUCCAAAUCAGUUUGAAAAUGCUGGCUUCCAGUUCGAUAUUCCCAACGAGGCACCCCCAAUGCUAAUGCAUGGUGGUAACGGUGGGUACGCACCUAGCGGUUAUGAAGAUCCUGGAUAUUCCCCGAAUGGCCAUGCCCCGUAUCAGAAUCAAGGAUAUCCCAUGGAGCAGCCGUCGCCCCAUGACGAAAACCCAGAUGCUCUUCCUCACCAUCCGAUGCCGGCACCAUUCCGGCCAGGUCAUGACCAAGGUGCUAAGCCAGCACCGGUUCGUCAAUACGGUGGUGCUCCGACUGCUCCUCCCGCACCAGGUCCUGGCGCGGGACCUGGCCCGGCCGCGCCCCAAUCCAUGCCCCCAGACGAAAUGGGACGCAAACCUGUCACACAUGAGGAGCUUCAGCAGUUGCAGAUGAAGGCGCGAGGCAACCCCAGUGAUCAGAAGACGCAGCUUCUGCUCGCCAAGAAACUAGUCGAAGCGUCAACCGUCCUUGUGGCCGACAACAACCGUCUCGACCCCAGGAUGAAAGCCAAGGCGAAAGAAAAGUACGUUAUGGAUGCGUACAAGAUUGUGAAGAAACUUGUUUCCGUCGGAUAUCCGGAUGCGCAGUUCUACCUGGCAGACUGUUACGGCGAGGGCCUGUUAGGAUUGGAAGUCGACGCGAAGGAGGCAUUUGCUUUGUACCAGUCUGCUGCCAAGGCAGGCCAUGCCCAGUCCGCAUACCGUGUAGCUGUCUGCUGCGAGAUCGGCGCCGAAGAAGGUGGCGGCACCAAGCGCGACCCGUUCAAGGCCGUGCAAUGGUACAAGCGCGCCGCAUCGAUGGGCGACACACCCGCCAUGUACAAGAUGGGCAUGAUCAACUUGAAGGGACUGCUCGGUCAAGCCCGGAGUCCGCGUGAGGGUGUCUCCUGGCUGAAGCGUGCUGCCGAGCGCGCCGAUGAGGAAAACCCGCACGCGCUGCAUGAAUUGGCGCUCAUGUACCAGAAUGCCAGCGGCAACGACAUCAUCGUUCGCGAUGAGGCAUACGCCUCGCAGCUUUUCCACCAGGCUGCCGAUCUGGGCUACAAGUUCUCGCAGUUCCGUCUCGGUACGGCGUACGAGUACGGCUUGUUGGGCUGCCCUGUGGACAACCGGACGAGUAUUAUCUGGUAUACUCGUGCUGCCGCGCAGGGCGAGCACCAGAGUGAACUGGCUCUUAGUGGCUGGUAUCUAACUGGGUCAGAGGGUAUUCUUCAGCAGAAUGAUACCGAGGCGUAUCUGUGGGCGCGGAAGGCCGCCACGGCUGGUCUUGCUAAAGCUGAAUAUGCGAUGGGAUACUUCACCGAGGUUGGCAUCGGUGUUACAGCGAACUUGGAAGAUGCGAAGCGAUGGUACUGGCGUGCUGCGGCGCAAGGAUUCCCCAAAGCCCGAGAGCGUCUGGAAGACCUCAAGAAAGGCGGUAGCCGCAUGCAAAAGACACGUCUCUCUCGCUCUGCAGUCAACAAGCAGAGCGAUGGAGACUGCAUCGUCAUGUAA